UGUAUAUCAUACUGACUGUCAUGUAAUGUAAUGCGCAUGCUUGUUAAAGAAAUCAAAGGUUAUAUUCAGUCGUAUAUAAUAUGAUAUAAUUUGCGGUUAACUUUCAUAGGAUAUAAGUAUAGUUUUUAAUAUAUUUCAACAAUUACUUUCAGUUAAUUUGUUUACAAUGGCAUCUUCACGUACUGGUGGUGUAAAACCAAUGAGUAUUGGUGGACGUUUAGUGCGCGAAAGAGAACGUUUGAUUGGUAUGACGGAAGAAGAACGUGCAUGGAGAAUUCGGUAUCUUAAAAGCCAGAUUCUUGCACCAGAAGAGCCAUUAGACACAAAGGAAUAUCGUAGGCAACUUUAUAAUCCACUUCGAAGAUUCUAUAGAGCACCUUUAGAUGUUUUUCAAAGAUUAUUAACUCCUGUUUUGGGUAGUAAUGGUGCAAUGGUUGUACGUUAUGUCACAGCAAAAUGUUUCAUGGGCAUUUUUAUGAUUUAUGGCGCAUGGUAUUACUUCAAAUAUAACACAAGCAAUUGGACACGACAAUCUGGUUGGGCAGUGAGACCCACACGUGACACAAGAUUUCCAGGAGAUAAAGAUUACAAAGGUCUUGAGAAACCAAAAACUUUUGCUACAUAUGGUUUUGAGAAUUCUCCCAUAUAAGAAUUAUUGUAAUUACUAUUAAGUAGUAUCUGAACAUAAUAAAAUAAUGAUUCAAGAUAUAUUGUAUGUUUUAUGUUUCUUUAUUAUAAUUUUUUAUUUAUUGUCCUUUCUUUAAAUAAAAUAUCUUGUUUAUUUCA